AUGUCCCAAAACCAAGAGCUCGUCCCGUACCAUACUGUCACCCGCGACAUCUACGCCCCAAUCGGCGAAGUCUGGGGUAUCCUGGGAGGCUUCGGGGCUGAGAAGGCCUGGUAUCCGGGAUGCAUCAAGCUCAGUCUCGAGGGCUUCGGCAUAGGUAGCGUCCGCAGGUUCAGCUACGAGUAUCCUGCUGGGCCACAGAAGGGGCAGCGCUACGAGUUCUCCGAAGAGCUGACUGAAGUCGACGCUCCGAAUUACUCCAUGACAUUCCGAGUUCGAAGACCUGAUUACCCUGACAUGAUCGCAUUCGGAACAACCGCGCUGGAAUUCAUUGGGCCGAACAAGACCCGCUUCAUUUGGAGCUCAAAGGGGAGUCCACUGCCGGAAGAGUAUCAGAAAGGCUUGAAUGAGGAUCUGGAAUUGCGCUUCUCUGGACUCAUUGCGGCAAUUGCAAAGCAGGUGGAAUGA